GUGCAUUUGCGUAUUUUUGCUAAUAAUUAGUGAAUGUAAACUAGAUACAUUUCUUAAAUCGAAAGAAUCAUUCUGGUGCAAAUGUAUCGACCAACCUACGUGUACACUGGCAGAUAAACUAUGCCACUUGUUAAACAGCAUAAUACAUGGGCUCAAGCUGCAGGAAAAGGGUUGAGUAGUGUUAGUAAUGGACAGACGAGUACCAACAAUCCUGAAAUGGAAAAUGAUCAAGAUAACAAUGGCUCCAACUCUAAAGUAAUGAGAAUGGAAGAAAAUGUAAAUGAAUCACAAAUUGCAGCUGCCUUCAGUGAAGGUUGGGGACAAAGGGGAAUCAAUCAAGACACAAGUUGGGAUGUGCCUUCUUCCCCUCAUUGCAGCCCCAAAGAAGGGAGUACAUGGACAAGCUCUACCAGUACUGGGACUGAAAUAUGGGAAAACAAUAUUAGACAUCACAUCAAGAGCUCUAGUGCUAAGGCACCAACGCAAAUGCGUGAACCAUGGGGUCACACCCCCUCAACUCAUAUUGGGGGGACCUGGGGUGAAGAGGAAGAUACUACUAACUUGUGGACUGGAGUGCCACAAGCCAGUGGUGCCACCUGGGGAGGAGAAAGCAAUUCAUCAGUUUGGGGCUCAUCCAAUCCUGUAGAAAAACAAAACUGGGGCAAUCAAAAUAAUUCUAUUAACCCACCUAAUUGGGGUGGUGAACCACCUGCCUUGCAAAUAGGUUUACCUCAUUUACCUCUGACGAAUGAAGAUAAAAAUAUAGAUGACAUGGGUGUUCCUGAUCUUCCAGAUCUAUAUUAUGACUCUUCCGCCAAACCGACCCGUACAUUCGGGAACUGGUCUCCUGUUGCUGGUGGCAACAAAAAAAUUCCACCAUCGGGAUGGGAAGAAACAGCUCCUCCUGUCGCCCCUUGCCCGACUGGGGGAGGAGGAGGAGGGGGACCAAACUAUGAUGAUGGGACUGCUGUAUGGGGUAAUCCUGUACACCAAGGAAAAGUGUCUCACUGGAAGGAGAUGCCUGCCAAAAAUAUUCCUAACUGUGUUAUGCCACCUGGAAACAUGUGCCAGAGUGGCAAUCCGUGCACCCCUCAUGCCGGUCCCGGAAUGAUCAGACUGCCACAAGCCGGAUCAAACAUGAACAAAAAUGACAAUACGUGGUUGAAGAACCAGUCAUUGAACCGUGGGGGCCACAGCUGGUCUGAUGCCCCUCCCCCCCACAGAGAUCCUUCAGGGCGCAGAAUCUGGGAUGAUAUUCAUAACCCUCUUCAAGACAAAAAUGUGCCAGGAACUCCUAAUACACCAAAUAGUGCCUUUGGAAACUGGGGAGACCCAGGACACCCUAUGGGAGCUUUCUGGGGUGCAAAAACUAAGAACUCAAGUUGCAAUUGGGCAGAUGGACAAGUUGAUACUAGUUCUUGGGGUGGUCCUCUGAAACAGGGAGGGAAACCUUUGACCAAAGAUUUGAUCUGGGCUAGUAAACAGUUUCGUUUGUUAGCAGAGAUGAAUUUUAAGAAAGACGAUAUAGAAAAUGCGCUACGGAGGAAUAAUAUGAAUUUUAAUGAUGCAAUGCUUGAACUCCUCGCAUUGAACAAAGAUGGCCCUAUGUUAGACACUGAUAAUUUGGCUGCAAUGAACCUAAACCAAUUACGUGUUCACCAUGGUAAUAUUGAUGAUAUAAAUUUCUCAGAACAUUCCGUGGAUGGUUCAUUACCUCCUGGCAAUUUGUAUGGAAGUGGUGAUUUUCCUGGGUUGAAUGUGUUCCCUACAGUUUUUAAUGUUGCUCAAAACUGUCAAAAUAAGAAUGUUGGAAAUAACAUUGCUCCAAAUGUUCUUGGAACUGCUGGAACAAAUAACCAAGUGCCCAAUUUUAACUUGAACAAUAGUAUUAACAACUUAAGCCCUGCAAUGAUGCGUAAAAUACUUCAGCAGACUCAAGCUUUUAACCCUGCCUGCCUUCCUCAAAAUUCUGGACGUAUGGCCCAACAGAAUUUUCCUUCAACUGCUCAAUUACGCCAUCUUGUGCAGCAAAUACAAAUGGCAGUUCAAGCUGGUCACUUAAAUCCACAGAUCUUGAAUCAACCAUUGGCACCUCAAACCCUGCAGCUUUUAUAUCAGCUCUUACAGCAAAUAAGGUUUUUACACCAGCUGCAGCAGCAACAAAUGUAUUUUUCCCAGCACGGAAGCAAACCCGGCAGUCCUCCACUGCAGCUCAGUGUACAGAUAACUCAAGCAAAACAGCACAUUGUAAAUUUACAGAAUCAAAUUGCUGCUCAACAAGCUAUAUUUUUAAAGCAGCAGCUACAAUUGCCAGUGCAGCAGCAUCCAUCCCUCCAGACUCCUCAACCGUCCACCUUUGAUGUUGUCAAAUCAAACUUAGACUCGAUUAAUGGGUUACACUCUGAAUUCAGAGAUCUCUCAGUAAAGGAGUCUGCCUCUCAAGGCCACUCUCGGCUAAAUCAAUGGAAAUUGCCUUCGUUCGAGAAAGAAGAUAACUCUCCUCCUAAUGAAAACAAUGGAUGUUCCAGGGAAAACAACGGGAGCUCCACUGAAUUCAGCAGGGCUCCAGGUUCUAUCACAAAGUCUUCAUCUGCCAACAGUCUCUCAUCUACGACUGCCUCUCAUUCCUCAUCAAAUCUUCAGCCAUUGAAUGAAAACACUUGGCCAGAAAUGACCCGAUCUCAGAACGAUAGCUGGUCGGAGCCUGUCGAGUCCAACAAUUCUGUCCAAGGAAAUGGGGAAAACAUCGGGGCUCCGAACGAAAGCAGCUCCGAUGGGAACGGUAACAAACACAACAGUGCCUCUGAAAACAAAGACUCUCCUGCCACUUCCUCCAAUCCCUCCACUUCCAGCUCUUCCCAAUCCUAUAAUCUAAACGAUCUUGUGCCUGAGUUUGAACCAGGGAAACCAUGGAAAGGAACCUCUCGCAUUAAAAACUUUGAGGAUGACCCCCAUGUGACUCCUGGUAGCAUUGCCAAAUCUCCUCUUUCUUUGAACAGUAUUAAAGACUCUGAACUUUUCACUUGGAAUACGAAGCAAAACGUCUCCAAUCUCUCAACAUCGUCUUUGACUUCAAGUACAUGGACCUUUUCGCCACCGACGUCUCAAAAUAGUGGUAGUUCACCAGCAAAAUCUGGAAAUUCCAGGUCUUGGGAGAAUCGGCCUUCGGAUCAAGAAAGGCGGAUGUCCUGGAAAGGGGCCAUUCAGACUGCUCCUGCUCUUCCCAAAACCUCUCGCCCACCUCCUGGCUUGAGUGGCCAAAACAAACCUAUUACCUCAAACUGGAUUUCGGGUGAAACCGGUCCCCAAGGUUGGUCCUCAAACACAGGCUGGGAGAAGCAAAGUAGUUCAAAUUUUUUGGUUUUGAAAAACCUUACACCCCAGAUCGAUGGAUCCACUCUUAAGACUCUAUGCUUGCAACAUGGACCAUUACAACUAUUCCACUUGCUCCUGAAUCACGGUAUUGCUCUCGUGCGAUAUUCGACGCGAGAGGAAACGGAGAAGGCUCGAUCUGCCCUGAAUAAUUGUGUUCUCAGCAACACGACCAUUUUGGUGGACAUUCCCACCGAGAUGGAAGUGAAACAGUACCUUCACCUCGCCAGUGGCCAAAUAAGUUCUGGCGUGUCGUGGCCGUCGGGGAACGGGAACGGCGAUUCGACCUUCAGCUCGGGCAACAGUUUUCCGAUCGGCGGCAAUACCAACGCCUCUGGCAACGCGAGUGCGUCGAGCAAGAUCGGCUCCAGCAAUUGGAACAGUACGAGUCUGAAUCUCCAGAGCUCCAACCUGUGGUCUUUCUCCGGGUCCGGAAACAGCCUGUGGCCUAUGCAAUCAUCCACCAGUGAUCACGACCAGUGUAUUCCUUCUUCGCUGAACUCCUUUCUGCCCGGUGACCUCCUGGGAGGCGGCGAAUCCAUCUGAUGCUUGUGAUCGUCCAUCGAAUAUUGUGAUCCGUCGUCUGAAUGAGGAACUGCUACCCAGAUUGGGCACCCUCGUGCAAAUUUCCAAAUCGAUUUAGUCACGAAAUGUUACUACUUUUUCUAAAAGCAGAGCUGAAGCGUUUUUUUUUUUUUUUCCAGUAUUUUUCCGACCAUUGAAGAUAAAAAAAAAAGAGAGAAAUUUUUUGACAUUUCCAUGAGACUAUUUAUAUUCAUGAAAAAUGGGGGGUGGGAGGAAUAUGUGAUAUUGGAGAUAUAGCUUACUGUUUUAAAAAUAUUCUACUUAAAACUCUUGAGAACUGUAGUCCGUUCAUAAACGCAAAGUUUUCUAUUAUGUGAUAAACUCAAGAUUUUACUUUGGAGAAAAUUGUCAGCCUUCCCAUCUGAUAUUUACUGCUCCUGAAAAUGCUCAGUUGAUGAAAUGUCUUGUAGAUAAAUAUUGAUGUAGUAUGUUAUGCAUACAUUUGUCUAGUAUUUUUUCGGUGCCAGGAUAUCUGUGUGUGUAAAAAAAAAAAAAUAGAGAUAUAUAUAUAAUGUAGGAUAUGUAAAUAUAAUUUCAUAGUUACCUUUACAAAAUGCCAAAUAUGAGAGAACCUCAUUCAGCACAGUCAAUGUUUUACUUGCAUAUAAUAUCUUGUAGUGCGCAUUUAAACUAUAGUUUUUUUUAGUUAUGCCUGUUAAUGUUUGAGCCUGUGUUUUUGGUGCACUGCGAAAUGAUGCAAUUUAAGAUUUAUUUAAAAUUGUCUUAUGAAUGUUAUUUUAUUUGUUCGGUGAUAUAACUUUUCUUUCCCUCAUGUGCAAAGUUGGCACUUUAUUUUUAAUUGUUAUUUCCUACAUGUGAAAAAUGCCUUUCUAGUAUUAUGUGUUUUGAUGAAACAAAAAAAAAAAUUCAAGUUGUCUUUAAUUGUUAUUGUAGAGUUAAAAUUGUCCAUAUGCUUUUGUUAUGUGAUUUGUUAUGUAAAUAUUGAAAGGGAUAAAGUAAGGAAUGCAUCAGAAAUUUUGUUAAAUGGUCAAAAUGUUAAGGACAAAAAUUUUUGUAUGUUUUUAACUUAUACUUCAGACAUUUUAAAAAUACUUUUACAAAAUUUCCCGAUGUUUUGAAAAUACAAGUGUAUUUUUAAAGCUUUUAUGGUUUUAUAAUCAUUUAGAGUAUACUUUUCACUCUUAGUUGUAUUGCUGAUAGUUUCAUUUUAAUUUGACAAUUUAUUUUUAAUAACCAAAAAUUGUUAGCCAAGAGCUUUUAUAAUUUUUCCAGUGACAGGUGGAGACUGAAAUUAUUAGCUGUUUGUAAAAUUCUCUUAAGUCUUAAGUUCUAAUACUCUUCUCUAAAUUUAAACUGUUUUCUCUAACCACCAAAUUUUCCAUUGCUUUGUAUUGUUGUCUAAAUAAUACUAAUGUUGUGCAUUUUCUAAAUUUGUUGAAACAAAACUAUAUCUUUUAACUAAUUACAUGUAUAAAGCUUUAAUAAUAGCAUAUGGGUACUUUCAUGCCUUACAGUAGUCUACAUUUUCUUUCUAAUAAGUAUUUGGAUGUGUGUGAAACACGUCAGUUUAAAAAAAAAAUCUCAUACAUUUAAUUUUUGUUACCUGUUAACUAGAAAUAUUUUGUUAUGAAUUAAGUUAUUUGUACACUUUUGUGCCUUUGGUGGAAAAAAAUUAUAUAGCCUAAGAGUCCUAAGAAUGUUAUGUUUUACUGCUGUUAUUUUUUCAGUGAUUUUGAAUAGUUUUAUAUUGUUUAGCUGACUUUUAUAGGUCUUUUUUUCAGUACAAAAACAAAAUGGUCUGUUGUAGAACAAAAUGUUUGUUUGAGAAGUGCCGAAUACUACAUUGUAAUUUGUGUUUAAGCUUAAGAAGAUCUGAAUUCAUUCCAAAACUUUUUCUUCAUUGAUGUGUUAGUUUUAAUUUAAUAUAAAGUAUGUUACAUAAAUGUAUACUUUGAAUAUUCGAGUGAUUGGUACCUUAUUUUUCUCCUUGAAUCUCACAGUAUAAUUUUGCUCAUUCUUUAUGUAUUGUCUUUCAGUAUAAUUUAGUGCUGUGAUGUGAAUCUUGUUGUAUUUUCACGUCUUAGUACUAAUUUGUAAAUUAUGUACUUUGUUAAAAACAUAAUUAUAAGUACUUAAAAUCAUUUUCAUUUUGACAGGUUAUGUUUUUAUCCUGUCAUCCAUCUGGACUGUUCUUUUCCUAUGCAAAAGAUUGUUAUUGAAGGGAGUAGGAUAUGACUUGCUGGACUGUGUAACCUUCUAGAUAAUAUUACUAAACAAUGCAAUAUUUUCUUAGUUAAAAUUUUUUAAAGUCAUUUAAAAUUCAAGCAUUUAUAAAAAUUUUGAUUUUACUUCCAUCAUCAUUUCCUUCUUUUAUUUCUGCUAAAGAACAUUUAGUUUCAUUAUUAAUUAAUAACUUGGCUGUCUUUUCCCCCCUUUUGUUAUUUUUUGUUUACCAAGUUUAUCAUACGAAAAUAUUAGUUUUAUUUCGAAAAAAGUACAAAACUUUUAGUAAUUUUUUUUUCCCCACAUUCCGAAGGGAAGAGACGAUGACAUGCUUUAGCAUUGGAUUAACCGUCCAGUUCUCAUAUCUCUACAAUUUUCGGCUGGUAUACAGUUAAUAUUUCUAUACAUUCUAAAGUGUGUAUCACUUAACACUGAAUCAGUCGCUUCAACUGAAUGGUGCUAGUUCUGUACUUUGCGAGUUAAAAUAGUGCAGAAUGACGAACUGUUGUGUUCCUUUUCCAGCCUCGGUGUGCUCGGACACAAUUCACACAUUUUACAAAUGACCUGACUGAAAGGUCAUUCCUUCUUUUUGUGAUGUGCUAGUUUAUGGUGAUGUUCGACAUUGCUUGUUUUUCUUAAUAUAAGUUUGUUUCAGUUGUAAAAUUUAUUGGAGUGUUUGUAGAGUCUAGUGUGUUUCGACUUAGUAUAAUGAUGCACUAAUGAUAAAGAGCUUGAUGUUUUUGGAUAUAUAUUCAUGUUGCCAUUGCAUUAAAAUUUGUGCACUGCUGACUAUGUUGAGGCUGGUUAUAGAAUUUUGUACAUAACAAAAAAAAAACUAUUUGGACCUACUGAUCUAUUUUCAAGUCCACUUUCAGAGAGUUAGCAUGUGGCUUUCGCUUACCACAUCCUUGUUCUAAAAGGAGACAAACGGCAUGCUUGCAGUUCAUGUGACUAAAAAAGAAACACGAUUGUGUCUUUUAAUUUUAGAUAAUCAUUUUCAUGCAUUCAAGCAUCAUUGAAAGUAUAUAGUAUAUUAAUAAAUCUGCAUUUGAUGUAAACCACAAAUGUGUGUUCAAUUGUUACAAAAAUGACUCAUUAUUCUAAACUGUACCUGAAUCCCGUUAAAAUACCUUUUAAUUCAAUUGUAGAGUGUAAUUAUGUUAAAUUAUGCACGUGCUCAUCUGGCAAAAGUGUUGUAUUUUUUCAAAUCUAGAGUUCCUAUUGAUCUAUUAUCAAAGUAUACCAGCAGUUCUUCUGAUUUUCUUUAAACAUUUAUGUUUAAUCCCUAUUCUGUUCCUUUUUUUUUUUUCCAUGUUUUUAUGUUGAAAUUUGUUUAUAAUAGUGAGCAAAUUAUCAGCAAAAAAAAAAAAAAUCAUAAAUUUAUCAUCACUUACUACAUUACAAAAUUCAACAUAUCAAAACUAUUAUUUAUUAAUUCUUUACCUUAAGUUCAGUUCAAAGUGUAUUUAAACUUGAAAAUGUUUUGUAAUAUUCUUUAAAUAGUUACAGGGAAAAAGAAUUCCUAUAAAAUGCAUGUAUGUCAUAGUGCCUAUUCUGUAUUGUAUUUAUUAUCAAACCCAGCAUUGGUAGGCACAAAUUUUCGAUGAGUUUCAUACACAUCCUUCGGACUUUUAAGAUGUUUCUUUGAUGACGAAAAAAAGGAGCUUUGUGAGAAAAAUGGCUAUUUUUCCUGUUCUGCAGAACACUGAAACAUGUGUAUGUAAUUUUCAUGUUGAUUGUUAUACCUAGCAAUGUUCAGUUUGAAGAUAAAUACUUUGGAGCAAAGGUAAUCAUUUAGAUUUUUCCUAUUUUCUUUUCAUUCUAAACUUCAUGUAUAGCUGUUAUUUCACAGUUAUGAAAUCUCAUUAAGUAAUAACUGUGUAUGCUUUAUUUAGACUGUGAAUGGUAUUUGAAAUACUUUGACCUUUAAGUUAAGAAUCAGUUUGAACUUUUACUAUAACAUAUAUCUUUGCCCACUUUAUAUUUUUGUCUGCAAAAAAAUCAUGUUGCCAAAGAUAUAUUGUUUAUAUUAAGCAUAAAAAGAAAAAGUUUUCUGUUUUCGUACGGUUUAAAGUAUUUUCAAUAUUAAAUGUUUAGCAUCCGUUCACUUGCUGAGUUACUGCGCAGAGCUUUUAUAUUUUUAUUCUUGUGUAAUAUAUAUAUAUUUAUUUAAAUUACGUGUAAAACUUUUUAAUGAAACUCAUUCUUAUGAAGACAUUAGUAAUUUUCAUCAUUAAGAAGUUAAAAUGAAAUGCAAGCUCUAUGGCAAAAGCAUACAUCACAGUGCUAUUGCUCUGAGACAAUCAAUGCAUUGUAAGAAUUUUAAAAUGCAUUUUUCUCAAAGAAAUUUACUCUUGAUCUCAAAAAUGUCUUCUUUUUUUUUUUUUUUUCUGCUUGGGGUUAUUGUUUUUUUUUUUUUUUUCCUUUUUAAAAUCUUCUAUAUGAAUAAUCAACUAGUCAUAUGUUCUUGAUGUCAUAAGUGAAAUGAAAGUGACGUAAGAACAAAUCGUUUAAUCUAGUCAAUGUUACAAAAGCACCUUAUAUCAGAACUAUGUUCAUAUAUGUCCUUUCUUCUUGGUCAUCCUUUUAGUUUUCCUACUAUAAUAUAUAGUUUAUCUUAUAUGUGUAUUUGUUUUGAACUUAGCAUAAGUUUUGUUUAUCAAUGCCCCACUUAGUCUUGAUUCGUAUCAAACAAAGUGCAGUUACAAACCACUUUCUCUUGCAUUGAAGGUAUCAGUUAGUGUUUUAAUUAUUUUUUCUUGAAUAUAGUAGAUGUUAAUUAUAGCAUGAAUAUUUACUCAGAUCCCAAAGAUAUGCAAAUGCUCAAAAGUAACAAAAAAUGAGUAUUUUAAACAAUCUAACAUUUUUCAGAAUAUGAAUGUCUUGGGAUUCAUGGGGAAAAAUGAUCUUUGAGCUAGAAAGCAAUAACAUCACAAUAUCCUUUUAAUAUUUAGCUUGAGUUAAAUAAUAUAAUACCGAACUAAAACGUUUAUUAAUAACUAAUUAACUAUGAAAUGUUUUUCAUUUAUUUUUCGUGUAGAGAGAAUCCUCAUCAUUUGCUAAGUUUAAUUUAAUCCUUUAGUAAGCUUGUUGUCUAAUUCACACAUAUAAAUCGACUCAUUAAAGUUGCUUCACUAAUUAUUUAAUAAAAGUACACAGGGACUGACAAAGCCAGAGUGACUAAAAAUUUACCUUGGUGAUAGAAAUUUUCUUAUAAAUUCUGAGAAAAGUUGUCUGCAGCUGAAGAUUUUUUAAUUUUUAUCGGUCACUACAAAUGCCUAGUAAACUUUAAGUAUAAAUUCAGUUAAUCGACAAUUUUUUCAAAAAUAUUUGUUGUAAGUUUUGCAAAUAGAAGUAAAGUGCAUAGAGUGAGAUGCUUAAAUGUAUUUUGUUCCUUCCAGUAAUAUCUUAUUUCAGUCAUUAAAAUGGUAUCAACAUGAGAAAGCUUCUGAAGUGCUUGAUUCAUUCUGCCAGAGCUUAAAAGCUGUCUUAAUAUGCAAAUAUUAUGUUUUUCUAUUCUUACAUUUUAUGCAAUUUUUACCAAGCCUGUUAAAUUAGCUAAUAAUAAUUAAUGUCUGUCUUUAAUAUGUGCAAGCCUUUUCAUUAACUCUUUAAUUACAUCUCAUUCUUUUCAUUUCCUUAAGCUUUUAACGGACAGGUUGUACAUAACCUUUGCGUUGCCAGAGACCAGGUAGAAGUUUGAAAUUUCUGAAUGGUUAGCAUCAACUAUGUCUUUUCCCCUCCCAACAUAUGUUAACAAAUUUUUCUCUUUAAAAGUUUAAUUCAAAUUUGAAGGCUUUUAAUUUUCUUUUUACCUUGUACCUCCAUAAGUUCAACAAUUACGGAAAUGUUUACUCAUAGUUGAACAUUACAGUGUUACAUGCUAUAUGGUACUGUAUAGCUCAUUGAAUCAGAUUUUAUUUUUUCUGUUAAAAACCACAGCAAAAAAUGCCAACAAGACUCUUAAAAAAAAAUACAUCUCGUACACCAGCUAUAGAAAAAAAACUGCACAUUUGGAAACUAAAAAAGCAAGCAUUAUUCUGCCUUAGUGCAAAAUGCUUUGUAAAAUAUUGCUGCAAUAAUUGGAGUCU